UUUGAACGUCCAUAUAAAAAAGGCUAGUCCUGAAUAUUUAAAAGUUUUCAUAAACGAAAAUAAAAAAUUUUAAUUUGUUAAAAUAAUUAAAACGGUAUUAAAUAAUUAUUAUAAUAGAAAAUUAAAUUAUCAAAAUAAAAAACGUAUUUUUUUAAAUUAUAUAAUUUAAAAUUUUAAUAUAUAAAAAUUGCUAAUAAAACAUUCAAAAUUGAGAAUCUGACGCAGGAUAAUUUAACUGUUAACGCAAUAAUGACACCGAAACCAGAAGAAAAUGAAAUUCCAGGCCCAAAUGAUCCUGAUAAUUCUUUCAUUAAUAUUGGUUUUGAGAACGAUGAUAAUAAAUUAGUGGUUGUAACUAAAAAAAAUAGUGAUGAAUUUAAUAAAAAUAUUUUACAAAAUCAUUUACAUCCUCACCCUAACUUAACAACAGUCGAUGAAAAUCCAAAAAAAUUUAUUGAUUUUGAUGAUCUAUUACCGCAUAUCGGUGAAUUUGGACGAUAUCAGAAAAUUCUUUUCUUAUGUAUGAUACCAUUUGCAUUCUUUGUUGCAUUCGUCUAUUUUUCACAAAUAUUUAUAACAUUAGUACCCGAACAGCAUUGGUGUCAUAUACCUGAACUGGAUCAUUUAAGUGUUGAGGAAAGAUUAGCUCUAUCAAUUCCAUUUGAUGUAGAUGGAAGUUAUAGUAAAUGUAUGCAAUAUAAUGUUAAUUUUACUGAAGUUUUAAAUAAUGGUACAAAAAUUGCUGAUCCAUCAUGGCCAAUAACGUCAUGUAAAAAUGGUUGGAGUUUUAAUUUUACUGAAAUACCAUAUGAAACUUUGGCAACUCAAUUAGAAUGGGUAUGUGAGCAUAAUGCAUUACCAACAAUUGGUCAAUCAGUAUUUUUUGUUGGUGCUAUUGUUGGUGGUUUAUUAUUCGGUUGGAUUGCUGAUCGUUUUGGUAGAGUACCAUCGUUAGUUGGUUGUAAUAUGAUUGGUUUUAUUGCUGGUGUUGCAACAGCAUUUGUUGGAAACUUUUGGGAAUUUGCAUUAUGUAGAUUCUUAGUUGGAUUUGCAUUUGAUAAUUGUUUUACUAUGAUGUACAUUUUAGUACUUGAAUAUGUUGGACCAAAAUGGCGUACAUUUGUUGCAAAUAUGUCAAUAGCUAUAUUCUUUACAAUAGCCUCUACCGGCUUGCCAUGGAUUGCAUAUUAUUUAGCUGAUUGGAAAUUAUUUGCAAUUGUUACAUCAGCACCAUUAGCAUUAGCUAUAUUUACACCUUGGAUGGUGCCAGAAUCUGCAAGAUGGUUAGUAUCACAAGGAAAAAUUGACAAAGCUUUGAUAAUUUUGAAAAAAUUCGAAAAAGUUAAUAAAGCUACUGUUAAACCAGAAUUAUAUCAAGAAUUCAAAGAUAGUUGUAUGAAAAUACAAGCAGAAGAAGCUAAUAAUAAUAAUUAUUCAGUAUUAGAUUUAUUUAAAACACCAAGAUUACGUCGUAUUACAAUUUUACUUAUUGUCAUAUGGAUGGCAAUUUCGUUAGUAUUUGAUGGACAUGUACGAAACGUUGGUUCACUUGGCUUAGAUUUAUUCUUUACAUUCUCUGUAGCAUGUGCAACAGAAUUACCAGCUGAUACAUUUUUAACAUUAACAUUAGAUCGUUGGGGUCGUCGUUGGUUAGCUUUCGGUACUAUGGUUGCAAGUGGUGUAUUCAGUUUAUUGGCAUGUACAGUACCAAUUGGGCCAUAUUCAGCAGCAUUAGCAAUAUUUGGUCGUUUUAGUGUUAAUAUAUCAUAUAAUAUUGGAUUACAAUAUGCAGCUGAAUUAUUACCUACAGUUGUACGUGCACAAGGUGUUGCACUUAUACAUAUUAUGGGUUAUGUUGCUAGUAUAUUAGCACCAUUUGUUGUAUAUCUUGGUUAUAUAACACCAAUAUUACCAUUAUUAGUAUUAGGAAUCCUUGGUAUUAUUGGAGGUUGUUUAUCAUUAUUAUUACCAGAGACAUUAGGUCAUGAAUUACCACAAUCAUUAUCUGAUGGUGAAGAAUUUGGACGAGGUCAACGUAUAUUAGAUUUUCCAUGCUUUAAUAAAAAAGUUGAUGAUGAAAUAACUGAUAUAGAAAAACAAGAUAUACAAUAUUUUGUACGUUCAACACAAACUGGAGCAUCACUGAGAGCACAAAGUCAAGCUGAAAGCUGAAAUUGGACACCAAAAUAAAAUUGAAAAUUGAUUUCAAAUUUAAUUAAAAAUCUGUAUGGUAUAUAGGAAAGUAAAAUAUAAAGUUUUUACUUUAUGGUGCCAGAUCAUGUGAGAUGUUUAAAAUAUUUAAAUUCAAAACUAUUAUUAUAGUUCGAUUUUAAUAUAAAAUGAACGAUAUUAAUAAUGUAAUUUAAGUUAACUAAAAAAAGAAAAAGAGAAUCUCCAUGUGCAAUUGGUUUUAUUACAGAAACAAAACAAAGAUUUAUUAGAAAACAAAAAAUUUAAUAAUGAAUUUUGUUUUAAUAAUGAUUGUUUUUAAAUUGCUAAGUAUAUUUUUAAAAAUGAUUUAGCAUUUUGCACAGAGAACAGAGAAAAAUUAAAGAAAAAAGCUGUGAUUUGUGAAUUAGUAAUAAUAAUUAUUUUAGAUUUCACGAGAAACUAACUUAAAAAAUUUUUAUUAAUUUAUAAAAAGAAAUUGUAUUUAAAGUAAAUAAAUAAGAAACAUUUAUUUUCUACUUCCUAGUUGUUUUUAGAAUCGAAAAUUUUUGUGAAGAAAUUCUAAAUUCAAUUCGAAUUAUUUUGUCGUUUUCUAAGUUGAAUUCUAAAAAAAUUUGUGAAUUUCAAAAUUAAAGUAAUUUUUUUGGUCCUUUUUGAAGAAAAAUUGUGAUUGUGAAAAUUUUCAUUCGGUUUCUUUUCUUUUUGUAAUUUCGUUUCUUAAUUUUGUAAUUAUAACGUGAUUGAAAAAAUUAAUGUUUUCAAUUAAAAAAUUUCGUCUUUUCUUGUAUUAAAUAUUCGGUAUAUAUGUAUGUACAUGUAUUUUUUCUUCUUUAAAAUCAGAAAUAAUGUAUUUAAAAUGUAUAUUUUAGAUUUCAAAUUAUCUUUAUACUAUUAGUAUUAUAAUGUUAAGAAAUUUGCUUAAAAAAUAAAAUAUUUUCGAUUCUGUAUUAAUAAUAAUGUAAAAAACAAAAUAUUGUAAAGUUCUAAAUAAAAAUUUAUUGUAAUAAAAUA